AAACGAGGAAGAGAUCAUUGCUCCAUUGCUCCUCAUAAAAUCAACAAGGAAUACCUGAAUCGAAUCAACAGCACAAUAAAGGAACCCAUCGCGAUGACAUCUACCGACGAAUCCAACUUUUUCAAGACGGCCGAGCUAUCUCGGUUAAUGGUUCCAGCCGAUGCCAAUGUGGCAGGAAAUGUCCACGGUGGGACCAUCAUGCAAAUGAUCGAGGAAUCGGCUUGUGUUGCGGCGAGUCGCUUCUACAAUCAUUACUCUGACGAAGAGGUUGUCAAAGUUGUCACUGCCCGUGUCGAGAGCAUCACAUUCCAGAAACCACUGCACGUGGGGGAUGUGGCCAAGGUUCAGGCUCAAGUGGUCUUCGCUUCCAACCACACGGUUGCAGUGGCGGUGAAGGUCAUGGCAGAGCGCUUGACGUCAAAAGAAGACGUUGUUGGCAAUCGAGCCUUGUUAUGGAUUGUGGGGCAUGUGCACAAGGAAUCUUCUUCCACCGACAUGGCAAAGGAUCAUAAUGGAAUUGCCACGGUACAGAGGAAGGGAAAGAUGGACCUGCCUUUGGCCAAGGCACCAAAGUUGGAGGCACCCACCGAUAAAGAAGGACUCAUGGCCUACAAGUUGGCCAAGAUGGCGUAUGAAAAACGCAAGGCUCGUCAAGAAUCCGAUCCGGCUUCACUCCCUGAUUCUGAUGUUGAUGAAAACACCAACCCAGCCCAGUCUAACAGCGAAGAGGAUGAUGCCUUUUCUCCCGACCAAAGUGAGGUCACUCUUGCGCAAUGCAUGCUACCAGCAGACUGUGUAACCGGGGCCGGCCUGGUUCGUGGUGGAGUUGUCAUGAAAUUGAUGGACAAUGCGUCAGGAGUGGCAGCAGUCCGCCACUGUGGUACCAACAUUGUCACAGUCUCGGUGGAUGCGGUGGAUCUUGUCAAACCUGUCAUGCUGGGCGAUGUAUUAAAGAUCCAUGCCGUUCCAAUCUUUACUUCGGCCAAGUCUAUCGAAAUCCAAGUCUCAGUGACGGCAGAACGGUUCUGUAUGACACCCGAGGGCAAGUUAGAAAGACGAGAAACCGUGUCCACCAAACAAGCGUACUUUACCUUUGUGAGCCUUGGCCCGACAGGAAGGACCUUGCCCAUGCGUCCUUUGGCGCCCCAAACAGACGCGGAGAAGAAAAUCUUCAUUGAAGGGAAGCAGCGCUACGAACAGCGCAAAGCCCUUCGUGCGGGGGCUGCCAUGAAGCAACAAAAGAAGUAAACAGAAAGUUCGAGAGAUUUGUUUUGGUAAACUUACAUGUACCAGAAAGCAAUGUGCAACAGUAUCUGGGUUGCAUACUUCAUUAAUAAAACACUCUUCUAGACGUCGUCGAUAUGACAUUUUCUUUCG